AUGACUUCUCCAAUGAUUCAAAAAGAUAUUGUGAGUGCAUGUAAGAUAGAGACCGUUAAAGCUAUUCUUGACGAAUUAAAUGGUGACUACUUUGCUUUACUAGUUGAUGAAUCCUUUGAUGUGUCACGCAAGGAGCAAAUGGCUAUCGUAUUUCGUUAUAUUGAUAGAAUGGGAUUUGUAAUGGAGCGACUUAUUGACAUUGUUCAUGUUGAAGAUACUAGUGCUUCAUCUUUAAAGGAGGCAAUUUUUAAUUUACUUGCUCAACAUUCUUUGAGUCCAUCAAGUGUGCGUGGACAAUGUUACGAUGGGGCAAGUAAUAUGCAAGGUGAGAUCAAUGGCCUUAAAAUGUUGAUUAGACGAGAAAGUAAAUCGGCUCAUUCAAUCCAUUGCUUUGCUCAUCAACUUCAACUAACUCUUGUUGGGGUCUCUAAAAAAUGUGUUGAAGUGGGAAAACUUGUAGUAUUGAUCUCAAAUAUUUUUAAUGUAUUGGGAUCUUCUUUUAAGCGUAUGGAUAAUUUACGAGAUUCUCAAAAAUCAACAAUUCAAGUGGCAUUAGAUAUGGGUGAACUUACAACCGAUAGGGGCUUGAAUCAACAACUUGGUCUUUCAAGAGCUUGUGAUACUCGUUGGGGAUCUCAUUAUAAAUCCUUUAACAAUUUUAUUAUUAUGUUUGGCUCUAUUCUUGAGGUUCUUGAAUCACUUGCUCUUGAUGCAAGGAGUAUGGAUGAAAGAGCCAAGGCAAUGGGACAUCUUGAAGCUUGUCAAACAUUUGAGAUUGCGUUUAUGUUGCAUUUGAUGAGAGAUGUCUUAGCAAUCACAAAUGAGCUUAAUAAAUGCUUACAAAAAAAAGAGCAAGAUAUUGCAAAUGCCAUGCUACUUGUUGAAGUAGCAAAGAGAAGGUUCUCUUUAAGAUCACGGCGGAAACUUGCUAACUAUACAAUCUUACAUCAUUAUCGUGUUGAAGUGUUUUGCAAUAUCAUUGAUUGGCAACUUCAAGAACUUAAUGAUCGUUUUGAUGAGGUGACUACCGAUUUGCUCCAUGGAAUUGCUUGCUUGAAUCCAAUUAACUCAUUUUCAAGUUUUGACAUAAGAAAAGUAAUGAGAAUGGCUGAAUUAUAUCCAGAUGACUUUGAUGAAUCCAAUAUGAGUAUUCUUGAGAAUCAACUUGCAAGUUACAUUGUUGAUGUUCGUGAUGUUGAUGAAAGGUUCUCCGAUCUAAAUGGGCUUUGUGAUCUUUCCAAAAGAUUAGUUCAGACAAAGAAACAUUCAAAUUAUCCUCUUGUAUUUCGCUUAGUGAAACUUGCUCUACUUUUACCAGUUGCCACUGCCUCCGUUGAAAGAGCUUUUUCGGCAAUGAAGUUUAUCAAGAAUGACUUGCGGAGUCAAAUGAGUGAUGAUUUUUUUAGUGGUUGUUUGGUGCCUUAUUUAGAAAAAGAUGUAUUUGAUAAGAUUUCUAAUGAUGUUAUUAUUAAGACAUUUCAAGAUAUGAAACCUCGUAGAAUACAAUUGUAA